AUGUCAUUCAAGGGAUUAACUCAUCACUCACUGCUCAAAAAACUCUUUUUGGCUGGGUCAUCCUCGGACCUGUUAAGGUUUUCUCACCAGAGCCCACUCACACCUGAUGAACAAGAGUGUGAGAAACAUUUUCAAUCUACUCAUUCUCGAGACUCAUCAGGAAAAUACAUUGUUCGGCUGCCACUCAAAUCACCACCAAGUCAACUUGGCGACUCAUAUGUUACUGCUCAUCGAUGUCUUCAAUCAAUGCUCAGGCGAAUCUCAAAAAAUAAGAAUUUUGGGGAUUUAUAUCAUUCCUUUCUAAAAGAGUACGAGAAAGACACUCAUAUGAUUCGUGCUCCAUCUUUGAAUUGCUCAUCACCAGUUUACUAUUUACCUCACCAUGGAGUUCUCAGGGAACAAAGUACAAGCACAAGACUACGGGUUGUAUUCAACGGAUCAAGCUCAACAGACUCAGGGAUUUCUCUCAAUGACAUUCAACACACAGGGGCGAAACUUCAAAAGGACAUCUCGGAUGUGUUACUCUGGACCAGGAGGAUACUAUGGAUUGAUGAAGAUCAACAGGAAGUACCUUAUCAACUCACCACAGUUAGCUACGGGACAAAGUCGGUACCAUUUUUGGCUGUUCGUGUCAAUCUCCAACUCAUCGAAGAUGAAGGUCAUCAAUUUCCUUUGGCGGUACCAGUACUCACCAACGGCAGAUAUGUUGACGAUAUUUAUGGCGGAGCAGAUCAACUCGAGGAACUCAUCCCCAUUGCUCAACAAACGGAAGAACUUCUCAAUCGUGGCGGAUUUCCACUGGCAAAGUGGCAGAGCAAUCAUCCAGAUUUAGUCAAGAUUAUUGCACCUGAACAAAAAUCUCAACAAACUCACUCAUUUGAAUACAACAUUACCAAAAUACUCGGUCUCUCAUGGUGCACUCAAGAUGACUGUUUUAAAUUCACCACUCAACCAACAACUCAAUCAACGGAACGGAUCACCAGACGGACUAUACUCUCAGAAGUGGCUCAACUAUUUGAUCCACUUGGCUUUCUUUCACCUUUCACCAUUCGAGCCAAAAUGCUAUUACAAGAUCUCUGGUUAGCAAAACUCGGAUGGGAUGACUCAAUCUCGGAUGAGAUCAGCAACAAAUGGCUCAAGUUUAAAAAGGAAUUUUUUCAAUUUUUAACAAUCUAA